UCUCGCUGUCUGAUUCCUUGAGGACAGACGCCGAGGAGCGCCUACCUCAGUCUGCCCUCAACUUCGGGAUACCAUACACUCGUUUCAUUCCAAACAGACACCACAAGACCCCAAAAAAAAAUUCAGAAUCGCACUCUCUGCUGUCUUCGGGACAAGGAGAACGAAACCAAAACGGAGGAGGCCGAGCUCCUUCAGCACCCAACAGAGGAAAGAACAAGAGUGAAAAAAAAAUCCACAAUGGCUGGCUACGGCACCGUUCCCACAGACAAGAACGCCACUGUGGCCAUCAUCGACCCAGGUGCCUACCUGGGCGACUCCCACGCCUCGCGCCUCAGCACGACCGACAUUGGCGUCAUCGCGGGCGUCUCUGUCUUCUUCGGCAUCCUCGUCAUCGCCAUCUUCGCCUGGCAGAUCCGCGCCAUCCGAGACCGCAAGCGCCUCGCCAGCGGCCGUUCCUCUCCCGGCGCCGACGGCGGCGACAGCGGCGGCGGCCAGUUCAGGAAGGGCUCGGGCAGGAGUGGCGACGGAGAAGAAGAAUAUGGCGGCGUCCACGCCCGCAAGGACGGCGAGGUCGAGCUGAAGGGUUUCGACGGCGUCGCUCCCGCCGCCACCGCCGGGAACCAGUCGCGCGCCCCGGAGCCCCCCGCUGCGAGCUUCAAACCCCAGAACCAAGGUAUGCUGCUGCCGACGCCGCCUCUUCCUCCUCCCCCUCCUCUACCAUUGCCGCCGCUGCCGUCUGCAUUCGGACACAGCGAGCACCAGUUCUCUGAGGGCUCUAAAGAGGGCGCUCACGGCUCGCACUACACCGUCACCUCCCUGUUCAAGGCCCUUCGGGAGGGAAAGACCAAGGACUCUGGUGAUAUCAGGACUCCCGCCAACAUGGUCUAGGGGUGGUCAAACUUGAAGAGAGAUGCAGAUUCAACGCAAGCUAGAACAACCAGAGAUGAGAAUACCAGGUUUCACAACAUUUCUGGCUGGCUUUGCUCGCUACAAGCGAUAAUGUAUAUGGUGGGGCCCGCCAAGCACGCAAAGAAGCUUGUUGCGGUGAGUGCCAUGUUUUGAAAGAUGGCGUGGGUAGUCUUGUGGGAGCUCGAUAUCACUCUGUUUCUGAAAGACUAGGAUUGCUGUUAUGAGAGAUAAACUGGGAAUUCAUGUACAUUGUCGGUUCACAUGGCCAAGACGAGCACCAGGUCAACAAUGGGAAACAAGACUGCCCUUCUGUGCAGUUGUGGCACGCCCUGUCAUAUCCCGCGCCUCUUCGCAUGAAGCC